AUGACCGAAUUGAGGGCAAGAUUAGAGCAACUGGGCUUGUCGCAGUACUUCGAGACAUUCGUCACCGAGGGUUUUGACACAUGGGACACUCUUCUGGAUAUUCGGGAAUCGGACUUAGAUGCUCUCAAGGUCAAACUUGGUCAUCGAAGGAAGCUUCAACGCGCCAUUGCAGAAAGCCGAGGCGUGCCCCUAGAGCGCUUGGAUCGCGCGUUCCCGCAAUUCCACUUCUCUCACAGCGCAGACGGAUCCAAUCGAAGCGAUGAUUCGGCUUCCGAGUCAAGAAACUUCAAGAGAAGCGAGCCUCCAGUUCCCGGCGCAAAACGCAAAUAUCGUCGUCACCCAAAGGCAGACGAGAAUGCGCCCGAAAGGCCCGCUUCAGCUUAUGUUAUCUUUUCGAAUCAGAUGCGGGAGAUGCUAAAGGGUCAAGAGCUUAGUUUCACGGAGAUCGCCAAGUUGGUUGGAGAACGUUGGCAAACAUUGUCCCCACGUUCGCGAGAAGCGUGCGAACGUGAAGCAGCUGCCGCCAAAGAGAAGUAUUAUGCAGAGCUUGCGGAUUACAAAAGGACGCCCGAAUACGCCCGCUAUCAACAAUAUCUGGCCGAUUUUAAAGCAAAGCACAGCCAACCGCAAACGGACGGCAAACGUUCGAAAGUCGAUCCAGAAACAAGCAUCUCGGCACAUGGUAGUUCCAACGACCUACUCGAUAGCCAAUCUCGAAGACAUCCAAGUGACGCCCACCUCGCCCGAAAAGCUCCCCAUCAGCGAUCCGGAUCCAGUCCUCCUCCAGGCCUAUCUUCUCGUCCCGGCGGGCAUAUGUUCGCAUCCGAGUCAAUCUCUCCGGUCUAUUCUUUUUCUGGAAUCAGCUCCCCGAGGAUUAGCGGCCAAUAUUCCCCAAUGUCUGCGUCGCCAACAUCAACACCCGUAGCCGACCCCUCCCAUACGUACGGAGCAGGGCUGCCAGCCCCCGGGAGAGAGCGACAUCAAGAUCCAGCGCACCAGUCACCAUUAAGUUAUGGAUUGGCUCAAUCCACCCCUCUAUCAGUGGCAUCUCCUUCAAUGUUGCACAAUGGACAGGCCCAGGUUGACCGCGAUUUUCCCCGUGAUUUUCCUCGGCGGGUUCAUCGUGAAUCUUCCUCACUUCCCUCUUUGGUCCAUGAAGAUACCACCGCCACCACAGCCACGAAUUUGUCCACGGAAAGUUCAGGAUAUCCUGGCGGACAGGGCGCUCCCCCGUUCACUGGGCACAUUUUACCACUUGUGGACACGCAGAAAGCGCAUCGGUUGUUACCACAGCCGAUACCUUCUCACAACAUAGCGCCAUCACCUCUAGAUCAACGACCUGGCCCGCCAUCAAAUUUUCCACAGCCGCAGCCGCAGGAUACGCGACAGGCGUCUUCUUUGGCAGUACUGUUACGAGCAGGGGAGCUGGCUCGCGAAGCCGAUGAACCGUCCAACGGCAGAGAUAGUACGUCCUAG